AUGAGGUCUAAAGCAGUGGUAGCUGGGCCGCGGCAAGCCCUGCGAACACACUUCUGGACACAACACAUCCAAGUGGACAGCAGCCGCUCAAAUAACCUGUGCAACGGGAAGUUCCACAAACACCUGCAGGACCUGUAUGCCCCCCUGGUGGUGCGAUAUGUGGACCUGAUGGAGUCUUCCAUUGCUCAGUCCAUUCACAGAGGCUUUGAAAGGGAAUCCUGGGAACCUGUCAAGAGUAUAACGAGCACUCUGCCCAAUGUUAACCUCCAAAUGCCUAAAGUACCAAAUCUAACAGUGCCAAGUGUUAACCUCCCACAAAUGCCCAGCUUCUCUCCGCCCAACUGGAUGAUUGCUAAUUCUAACUCAGUUAAUGGCUCAGGGACUUCCGAGGAUCUAUUCUGGAAGCUAGAUGCUCUGCAGACCUUCAUCAGAGAUCUACACUGGCCGGAGGAAGAGUUUGGCAAACACCUGGAGACCCGACUGAAGCUGAUGUCCAGUGACAUGAUUGAAUCCUGUGUAAAACGGACACGGGCAGCGUUCGAGGCCAAGCUUCAGAAGAGCAGCCGGGCCACAGACUUUCGUGUGCCGCAGUCCAUCUGCACCAUGUUCAACGUCAUGGUGGAUGCCAAGGCCCAGUCAGCCAAGCUGUGUGCCAUGGACCUGGGGCAGGAGAGACAAUACCAUUCCCAAAUUGACAAUCUAAUUGAAGAGACGGUGAAGGAGAUGAUAACUCUGCUGGUAGCUAAGUUUGUGGUCAUUUUAGAGAGCGUGUUAGCCAAACUCUCCAGAUACGACGAGGGAACACUCUUCUCUUCUUUCCUAUCUUUCACAAAGCCGGGGAUGGACGUUGCUGAUGGCUAUGUGACAUUUGUUCGCCAUUCCCAGGACAUGCUGCGCGACAAGGUCAAUGAGGAGGUGUACAUAGAGAGAUUAUUUGAUCAAUGGUACACCAGCACUAUGAACCUCGUAGGAACAUGGCUGACUGACCGUAUGGACCUCCAGCUCCAUGUUUAUCAGCUGAAGAUUCUCAUUAGGGUUGUCAAGAAAAAGUACCGUGACUUUCGCCUUCAAGGGGUGCUGGACUCCACAUUGAACAGUAAGAUGUAUGAAACCGUGAGAAACCGGCUGACCUUGGAAGAAGCCACUGCCUCAGUGAGGGAAGGAGGGAUGCAAGGCAUUUCCAUGAAGGACAGUGAUGAAGAGGACAACGAUAACUAGAUCAAAGGGCCUGAAAACUGAGGGUGAGCGGUAUAUUGCCUGAGAACCCAUGGAGCCUUUUCAUGAGGUCAGAACAGAUUGGCCUAACAUCCAUAUUGUUCUCUCCAUUAUUUGCUUAGCCAGUUUUUUUAUUUGUGUAAUAGUUCUACAUUUAUGUCUGACUUAAUACAAGAAGAAUGUGUUUUGUGUCUAUAAAAACUUGCAUGACACAAGUCUGUCCUAUCAAUGCUCUUGAAAUUCCUCACAAGCUUUAAUUCUGCAAAACUAAAAUUUAAACAGCCAAUAAGAUAGUUCCUUAAAUCAAUUAAACACUGAUUUCUCCUAAAAUGUAAGCAAAUGAGAAUAUCCAAAAAAGGGCCAAAAUGUGUGAGUCUAAAACAAAAUGUGACCACUCACAAUCUAAAUAAGAUGAUAAAGAAUGGCAAGUGAUUGCAUCUAUAUGGAGUUCUUCAUUUGAAGGCAUGAAAAAAUAUUAUUUUGUACCUUCAUGUUGUGCAACCCAAAAUUUCUACAGUCUUUGAACGGUAGCUUUCCUGUUGCUUGUCGCUAAGAUUUAUCUUCCAUAUUCUGAAAAGUAUAUACAGUAUAGAACACUCUCUUUACUCUAGGCAAUUAUACUGGAAAAUAACUUACGAAAUACUUAAGUGAUCCAGGCCACUAUAUUGUGAUUCCAAGUGAACUUUAUUUGUUUUAAAAUGCCAGUGCAUGAUUAACUUGUCACUGUUGAAGUCAUAUUGCUGUUAAUCCAAAUGGUACCAGAACCGAUGGUUUCUUGUUGGUUUAAGGUCAGACUGACCAAAACAACAGAGUUAAAACAACAACAUCCAUAAGAUAUUUCCAAAAUGCCUCCUGAAUGCUCUUGAGCAAUUUGGACAAGCAUUUUGUUCCCAAGUUGAUGAACUAGGCAAUGAAUUUAUUUGUGUUGUGCUAAAAAUGUGCAGUGACUGCAGCUAUUGUAUGUUGCAUUGUUGUAAAAGGUGUGAAAAUGGUAAUUUUUUUUGUAAUGGGUCUACAUCAUGUGUCAAACAUAAAAUCUACACAAAAUGUUCAAAAUGCUGUGAUAUGUUGUGAUGGAAAUGUUUUUUGUCUGUUCUCGGCCAGCAUGGAUGAUAUUCCUCUUGCAACACACAACAAAUUAAAUCCAAGGCAUCGUCAAACAGUAAAGCUGAUGGGUGCAAAAACUGAGUAAUUUUAAUAACCUAGAUUCAAAAUUUGAGGACAGCAUUCGGCCUUCAAGCGUUUACAUCUCAAGUUAGCAACCCCAUUGUUUCCUCUCCUACCUUUCACAUGAGGACAUUAUAAAUUUCAUCUCCCCAAACUGUAUUGCACAAACAUGGUACAUGGCUUUGUUUGGAUUGGUACUUCCUGUUAACCAAAUAGUUACUGUCGCAUUAGCCUAAAACAAUUUAAAAAGGUUUAGUUGUUUGCGUGUGUGGAGCACAAAUUCAACUGUAUUAUCCUUUUGGAGGAUGUAGUUUGUGGUGCUGUUGAACUGCAUUGUAUUAUACAGAGAGAUGUUUCUGUUAUUUAGCCUACCCUUACCGAUAUAUAUAUAUAUAUAGAUAUAUAUGGGGUGGACAAACUAAUAACUAUACAGUUGAAUCAGCACCUCUUAAAAAUAGCUUCAACAAACACUGAAAAUUAUAACCUUCAUUUGAUUGAUUUAUUUCAUUUGUUAAAGGGACCAUGCACAAGAUUCAACAUAAAUGUUACCAUUUGGUGUGUUGUACCAGAGUUAGCUUCAAGCAAAUUUUCAUCUUCUUGAAGGUAGCAUUUAUUGUUGGAUUAGGGGCCAAUCACACAGAGAUGCAUUAUUAGAAACAUGUUGGCAACAAAACCAUUGUUUUCCAAUGAUAUCACAUGUGGUGGUUUUUAGAUGCACAUGAAACUUAAAAUAUUUUCAACUAUACUCAAUCAAAAUCAAUGAAAAGCUGGUUUUGACCACUUUACCACUUUACCUGUUUUGAUGCCAUUGACUAUGCUAGUAAAUAUAGGCUAGCUAGCUAGUCAGCGAGCUGUUGGACUGUGAGAGAACUACAGAGCAGAUGUGUAGUGGGGGGUAAACCCAAGUAACCUCAGUUAUACACAACUUUGAAAGGCAGAGAGCUCGACAUUUGUUUGAAUCCAUGUUUUCUGUUAAUUAUAUUUGAUUGCCCGGUUGCGCAUGCUGUCCCGCUUACAUAAUUAACCUAAAUAUGUCAGUGACAUUAAAAUAAUAUGCAGUAUUAUUGUGAAAGUGAGAAAUCAGUUGGAAAAUUGCACAAGGAACUAAAUCAAACAAGCUCACUUUAGCGCAUUAAAGCAGAGGCAGAGAUUUAUCAAAAAGUUAAAAAAAAAGUAAAAUAUGGAUUGGAAAUUGUAGGAUUUUGAAUCAAAGAGGAUGGGAGGUCGGUCUCUUUAUACCAUAUAAAGGCUGAAUACCAUCUAAAGGCAUGAAUAUAGUCCCUUUUUCAAAUUUUACUCUACUGCCAAGUUCUUCUGUUAGACAUCUGCGUUUAUCCUUCAAAGAAAGUGAUACUGUGUUACUCAUUUAAGAAUGGUCAUUUGUAUCCAAGUGUCAAGUUGGCUACCUAUAAAUAAAUAAUAGAAAUAUAUCUACAAAAUGUAUAUACAUUUAAGUCAGUCAGUGGUAACUCAAGAUGUAUCUUGCAGUUGUGAUAAACACCAACUGUCUGUGGUCUCACCUCUUCAAACAUUUGAUUUCCACAUCAACCUAACACCUCUGACAUUACCCUGUCUUUAUGUUGGUUAAUGGAUGAGUUAGCAAGGCAGUACACAUACAGUUUGGUUUAAUCACACUGAUCAACCUGUUUUCAACUUUUUUCACAUUUUCAAUUUUAAAACAAAAGUUCUAUUUUAGUCAAAAAUCAUUUAAAUAAUAGAGUUUAUUUGCCAUGCAUUAUAUAUGUUCUUGCCCUGCACUUCAUUCCAGGAUGUAUGAUGGGGCGAAUCCACAUUUUUGUAUAAUGGAUGAUGGGAAGUGAAGUCUGCCUGUACUUUCCCUCUGUCAACUGUUUUCUAUGCUGUAGCUGUGUGUCGCCCUGUGUGUAAGUACUGCAUGUCCCUAGUAUUCACUCCCUCAAAGUGUUUUUGCUCCAUGUGUGAAGUUACCGGUGGGUUCGUCAUGCU